CAUCUAGUUUAAUUUUAUUUUCAAACGAACAGCAGUUUGUACACUUUUCAGCCAAAGCAAAAGUUGCUUACCUAAAUAUUUUUUCUGAGAUAAAAUGCUAUUGUUAACAGUUUCAUUAACAAUAAGCUUAUUUAACUUGAACAAGUUCCUCAUACUUGUUUCUCUUGUGAAACUAGUAGAUAAUAUCUACCAAGAGGUGUCAUUUCCUUGAGAUCACCCCCUUAAAAAACAUACACAACCCUCCCCAUAAUAGUGGUACAGUGAUUAAUGAAAACAUAGGUACGGUUGAAGCUUCAAUGUUAAAACGUAAUCUACACCCUUGCAUCUGCCACCCCACUGUUCAUCUCAGAUUUUUGAUUAAUCAUACAGGAAGGAAAGAGACUUAGUAUAAAUAAUCGUUCAGUGGCUUCAUGUUUUCGAUUUUCGGGAAACCAUCAGCCAGUAAAUCUCUUGUCAAUUAUACUGAACAGCCUUACGCUCCAUAAACAUCUAACAUCACAGAAGAUUCAUUGUCUAGCUUUAACAUGGAGAAUACUACAGAUUACGAUUAUUAUCCUUACUCUGGAUUCAGCCAACCUUGCGAAGAAAACUCGCUGAAUAACAACACAGUUUUAGUCCUAGUAUACAUCUUAGUCUUCUGUCUCAGCAUGGUGGGCAACACGGUGGUAAUUCUCGUGGUGUAUUUCAUGGAAAGCCGCAGGGCGUCUACUGACGUCUACCUGAUGCACCUGGCGAUCGCCGACCUGCUCUUUUCGUUGACUCUCCCAUUCUGGGCCGUCGACCUCCACAGCAGCAACUGGGUGUUUGGCACAGCUAUGUGCAAAGUGGUGUCGGGUGUGCAGGAGACCACGUUUUACUGCUGCGUCUUCCUUCUGGCUUGCAUCAGCGUCGAUCGCUACCUGGCCGUCGUUAAAGCGACCCAGUUUCUCUCCAGACAGCGCCACCUAGUCGGGGCGGUAUGCAUGGCGGCAUGGACAAUUGCUUUUUUUCUGUCUCUGCCGGUUAUAGUGCACCGCAAGGCCUUUAUUCCUGAGGAAAGGACGAAUUACGUAUGUUAUGAGAAUUUAACCGAAAGCAUGGAUGAAUGGAGAAUGGGCUUGCGUAUUCUUCGCCACACGGCUGGAUUCUUCAUACCGUUGACUGUGAUGAUCUUCUGUUACGGUUUUACUUUCUCUACUCUGUGUCAUUCGCGAAACAGCCAGAAGCAGAAGGCCAUGCGAGUGAUCCUGUGUGUAGUACUGGCGUUUAUCAUCUGCUGGUUGCCCAAAAUCAUCACGGAGAUCAUUGACAAUCUGAUGCGAGCCAGUCAGAUCACUGAAACAUGCGAGCUGAGAAACAGUUUAGAUGUGGCGUUGUAUAUCACCAAGGCUUUGGCUUUUACCCACUGUGCUUUUAAUCCCAUUCUGUACGCUUUUAUUGGGAAAAAAUUCCGCAGCCAGCUCUUAAUGUCUCUCUUCAGGAAAGGCCUUGUGGGGAGGGAAACGCUGUCAAAAUACAGAGUUGGAUCUGUCUACAGCUCAGCAAGCUCAAGACUUUCUUCUGUGACUCAAAGUUAGUAUCCCUAUUUGGCGUGCAUGUGUGAAUAAUGCAUAUCUUAGCUUCUGUAACCUUUAAAUCCAUGCAAACAUGAGUUGAGAAUGAGUAUCUCUACAUCAUUUUGCAGGAUAUAAAGCAACAAGAAUACUCAAAUGCAAUUGUUGAGCUGUUUCACAAUGUCAUUUCAUUUCAUACACUGUCAGAAAAAUGGUCCCUAACUGUCACUGGGGCGGUAACUUUUCAAAAAGUACACAUUCGCACCUAAAUAGUUCAUAUUAGUUUCCCAAACCAAAAAGUACAUUUUGGUACCAAAUGUAUAGAUAUCUGGGACAAAUUAGGACUUUGAUCUUUAUUUCCUGACAGUGUAUGGUGUUAUUUUGUGAGUGGGAUAGAAAAGGAGAAAUAUUGAAGGAUUGUGCAACAGCAAUUCACAGUACCCACAUCCGAAAAUAUAAAAAGAAAAGAAUAUAAGAAAACAGAAUUAUUCCUUAUGAUUCAUACUCUGUAAUACUUGUGAAGUCACAUGAUCAUUUUGUGGGAAGACUGAAGUUAAAAAUGUCAUUCAGCAUUUUGCAUAAUGCCUCUGUUCUUUUUAUGUUAUCUAUGUAAAAUAUCUUUUGUAAAUGAAAAAACGCAUAAAACAUUUCAAACGGUACAGCAAGCAUUAGCCAUCACUUCAUCAAUGGUUCAUGGAUCUCCAACCUUGUUCCUGGAUGGCACCUGUCCUGCAGAUUUGAGCUCCAACCCCAAUCAAACACACCUGAACAUGUUAAUCAAGUUGUUUAGGGGUACAUUAACAUUAGGGGCAGGUGUAUUGGAGAAGGGUUGGGACUAAAAUAUGCUGGACAUAGUGUUAAAAAACAGUAGGCGAAAAGUACCCCAAUGACCUACUACUGCCAGCAAGAUCCCAAAGUGUUCAUUUGAUGGACACUUUGCUAUCCCGUGAGCCCCCGGGACAGGAAUUAUCAACCAAGAAGAAGAUGGAGGGGCAUUGUUUUACUAAAAAUAAAUUUUAAAAGCGGUAACACAGCUCUAUUCAAAUGCAAAUACUUAUUAAA